AUUGUCCAAAAAUACCAACAUGGCUGGAGUCUUAAACCACCACAGUCUCACCACCAACAUUCAACUAAAAGUAGCCAAGCCCAAAACUUUAACCCAACAUCUCCAAGUGCAACAACAACUGAGUAAUGCAGAGAAAGAGCAGUGGCAGGCAACAGAAACUAGGAAAGCAAUAGAGGUCAUGCAUAAGUAUUCCUCCCAGAAACAAGAGGGUGGCAAGCACACUAACCAGUAUAUCAGAACCACUCUAAGUGAUAGAUGACGCUAUUAUAAUUGAGUCAUUGGCACCACUAAGGAUUCUCAUACAUCAGAGGAUUCUACAUGAGAGUUCAAAGAGAAAGGAAUAAAAGACCAGGAAGCAAAGGAAAAAGAAUUUAAACUCUUUAUUGACAAAUUUAAGAAGAAAUGUGAUGAUCUCAGAACACUUGAUGAAGCUCUUGAAAUUCAACAAAGAGUUAUUGAUACCUUAAAACAUGAAGGCAACCCUGUUGAGACAAAAAUAAAAGAAGUUGAACAACUCCAGCAAACUGCACUAGAGAUGAGAGAGAAAAAUGAUGCCCCAGAAGCAUAUAUUCGAACAUUUCUAGACAAUUUAGAGCGUGGAGCUUUUGGCGGUUACAACCUUGCUCCCUCCACUCAGAAAACUAGAUUUCCUAAAAAUUUCAAGUCAACAAGCAGAGAAGAAUACCUUGAAACCCAUUCUUUUAUUCAAGAUAUUUUUGAACAAUAUAGCGGUGAUUUCAGCCCUACAAAAACAGAAGAUAAAGUUUCAGAUGAAACUGAAGAACUAAAAAUCAAUCCUAAAUCUCCAGAUAAUCAUAACCCAAAUUCCCCAACCGAAGCAGACAAAAACAUAAAUGAAGACGAAAAACUUGAAUCUGAAAUAUCUCAAAAGGAACAGCAAAUUAUUGAAAUCAAGGCAAAAAUUAUCGAACUUCAGAAGAUGAAUGAAGAAAUGGCGAAUGAAAACUUUGCUCAGGAGUUAUCCCAGUCUUAUGAGAGCUCCAUCGAAGAACUACUCACCAAAAAUGCAUUAUUUUCUACUAAAAUACAAACUUUGUAUCAAAAAGUUAGAAAAUCCAGAGAGAAAAUUGAUAAUGUGCUAAAGGAUUUGUACAGUUAUCAGAAAGAGUUUGAAAGGAUAAUCCUAGUAAAGAAAUGAAAGCCUGCGAAAAUGAAUAUCGCUAACAAAAUCCUCCAAAUCAGGCUAGAGUGAUACAAGCACUAUCUGCUUCAUCUUCAGUCAGGUAUUGACGAGUUAGAGAGACAGAUCCGAAAGCUUAAGCAUCAGGAGAAGUUGAUUUAAAUCAAAAGCAAGCUUAAAUGCCUCCCAGAAACAUAAUACCCAUGCAGAUCAGUUGAAAUAAGAAAAUAGAGAUGCUAGAGAGCUUAAUUGCUGCAGACUCCAAGAAGAAAGCCUCCUCAAAGAAGAGUAAAAGCCAAGCUAAAACUGGGAAGCAGAGCCUAGCAAAGAAUCUAAAAACAGCUAAAAGUGAGCUUAAAGAACGAGAAGAUCAGCUUAAGCUUUUAAGUGAUAUGCUCAGAAGUAGCACUCACCAAAAUUCAAUGAAGGAUCAAGAAAUAGAGAGAUUGAAGAAGAGAUUAAGGAUGCUUUCCAAAAAUGCCAAAUCUACUUUUAAGGCAGGUAACCAGAACACAUCAAGAGAGAAGAACCGGACAGGGAAUGCUUUCCUACCUGGAAGUCUAAGAGGUUCAGUAAGAGCUGAAGUCAGCUUUCCAAUGUCUACAAAGGCUGGAAGAGGUAGUAUGCAAUUUAAGGAUAACCUUCCAUCAAUUAAAGGAGCAAGGGACUAUUCCAAUGAUUCUUUAAAUGAUUACGAUUUUGACAACCAGAAAAGUCAGGCUUCACUUGUUAUUUCACAAAAAAGAGGGGCUAAAAUAGUCAACGAGAGCAGACAGAAAGUUAAAGCUCUGAAAGAAACUUCAAGAAUGUAUCCAGAGACAAGAGUUACUUCUAUACUGCCUGUGGAUGGAAAUAAUGAUAUGAUUAAUCUUCAAAUAAAGGAGGAAGAUCCAGCUCUUGAAGAAGGAACAAUGAAAUUUCCUCACGAGCUUCAGGGAGAUAUUGAGAAUUCUGCUCUACAAGGAGAUCCUGAGUAUGAAGAAGAUUUCCAAGAAGAAUAAUAUG